GAGAGAGAGAUCACGAUUAAACCGGGAUUAUAUCGAUUACACCGAACCUGAGGAGAAUCAACCCACACUCAUCUAUUACAGAGUCAUGUCAGAUAACGGUGAAGUGGAAGACAAGCCGCCAGCACCGCCCAUGAGGAACACCAGCACCUUGAUGGGAUCCAGCAUCAAAGAGCCGAGCACCAUGAACCACACCUCCAAACCGCUGCCCCCCAACCCAGAGGACAAGAAACGCAAGGACCGUUCCAUCCGCUCCAUCCUCACUGGAGGAGACAAGACCAAUAAGAAGAAGGAGCGUCCUGAGAUUUCUCUACCUUCAGACUUUGAGCACACCAUCCAUGUUGGGUUUGACGCAGUCACUGGAGAAUUCACUGGAAUGCCUGAACAAUGGGCACGAUUGCUUCAGACCUCGAACAUCACCAAGCUGGAGCAGAAGAAGAAUCCUCAGGCUGUUCUGGAUGUGCUCAAGUUCUACGACUCUAAAGAGACGGCCAACAGCCAGAAGUACAUGAGCUUUACAGAUAAAAGUUCGGACACCUACAGUUCCUCCAACGCAACACAGAACUCGAAGACUGUGUCAGAAACCCCCGCUGUAGCGACUGUGUCAGAGGAUGAAGACGAGGAUGAGGCCACACCACCACCUGUAAUCGCUCCUAGGCCAGAACACACCAAAUCAAUUUACACUCGCUCAGUAAUCGAGCCUCUGCCUCCUCUCCCUGCUGCCAAAGAUGCCCCUCCGUCACCUGUGUCUCCUCCAGCUGCUGAAGGAAGCACCGCCACGCCCGCAGCCCCUGCCUCGGCACCUCGCGCGGCCGACAAGAGCCGCAAGAAGAAGAUGUCCGACGAGGAAAUACUUGAAAAACUAAGGAGUAUUGUUAGUGUGGGCGAUCCUAAAAAGAAGUACACUCGCUUUGAGAAGAUUGGACAGGGGGCUUCUGGAACAGUCUACACAGCAAUAGACAUCGCCACCGGACAGGAGGUAGCGAUUAAGCAGAUGAACCUGCAGCAGCAGCCCAAGAAGGAGCUCAUCAUCAACGAGAUCCUGGUCAUGAGGGAAAACAAGAAUCCCAACAUUGUUAAUUACCUGGACAGUUAUCUGGUUGGCGAUGAGUUGUGGGUGGUGAUGGAGUAUUUGGCUGGAGGCUCUCUGACCGAUGUGGUGACUGAGACGUGCAUGGACGAGGCACAAAUUGCCGCAGUGUGCCGAGAGUGUCUUCAGGCUCUGGAGUUCCUGCACUGCAAUCAGGUGAUCCACAGAGACAUCAAGAGCGACAACAUCCUGCUGGGCAUGGACGGUUCUGUAAAACUCACUGAUUUUGGCUUCUGCGCCCAGAUCACACCAGAGCAGAGUAAGCGUAGCACCAUGGUGGGCACUCCGUACUGGAUGGCUCCAGAGGUUGUAACACGCAAAGCUUACGGGCCCAAAGUGGAUAUCUGGUCACUGGGUAUUAUGGCAAUUGAGAUGAUAGAAGGAGAACCUCCGUACCUCAAUGAGAAUCCUCUCAGGGCGCUGUAUCUCAUCGCCACUAAUGGCACUCCAGAGCUGCAGAAUCCUGAGAAACUAUCGUCAGUUUUCCGAGAUUUCCUCAACCGCUGUCUGGAGAUGGACGUGGAGCAAAGAGGUUCUGCUAAAGAGCUCUUACAGCAUCAGUUCCUGAAGGUGGCAAAGCCGCUCUCAAGCCUGACGCCACUAAUCCUCGCAGCUAAAGAGGCAACCAAGAACAACCGCUAGCACAGCAAAGCCAAGCGCAACAUGACCUGUUCUCUCCUGAAUUCUGUCCCAACCCUACAGCAAAGUUACUGUCUCUCUCUGUAUUUAUGUAGGCCGGAGCACUGAGAGCGACUGUUUUUGCUACCCAAGGUUGCUGGGCAUGCACAUUAAGAGAUGUAUUGGCUCACACAGGUCAUCCCGGAGGCUCAUGACGAUGUAUGUGUAUGACAUGACACUGUAUGUGAAGGAUCCAGUGGAGCACACUGUAUAUUUGACCAGACUUGUUUUUUUUUUCUUUUUGCUCGUGUCUCUAUGUUGGUUUGUUUGUGCACUCCAUGGAUGCGAUGAAGUGAAUGAUUUUUUUUAAUCACAAUGUUUUGUACGUCCGUGCGUGUCAGAAUGACGCAUCAUUUAGUGGAAGUUGCAAUAUGAGUCAUAGGACUGCUAUACUGAGUGUCAUUCAAUAAAUCAAAUGAUGCUGGUACGGACCGAGAAGAGUCUGCUGCACGAAACAGAACAAAACAAUGUAAACAAUGAAACGACUUAAAGGAAACAUUUGGCAGCAAAUUUAAAAAACAAAGAGAAUUUGACCAUUUUGCUAUAAAUGUAGUUGAGAGAGAUUCUGUCUGAUCUGGACUUUUCAUUCAUUGUUAGCUACAUUAUCCUUGUAGAUGUCAUUGGACACUGAACACUACUUGCUUGAUCAACAAGUAGUAUUUUGCCAAAUCUUUCCUUUACUGGAUGCUUGUUGUGCAUGAUGAGCGUUUUCUUUUAUGAACAGUAGUGUUAAUUCGUCCCGCUUUUUAAAAUCAGGAUGUACAUUUGUUAAUAAAAAUAAAAUUACAACCGUGAUCACGGUCUUUGUGUUGUCGCAAAC